GAUGUAACGGACAAAAGUGAUAGAAGUUUGGUUUGAAGCCCAGUCAAAAGGGAAAAGCUGUGAUUAUUUUUGAAAAUUUGGCUUUUAAACGAAGAUAUUCUCUACAUAUUCGUGAUUAAAUGUGAUUUUUUUUUAUAUAUAUAUAGACACGUAAAGUCUGAACCGUAGACUUUCCCAUUUUAUCACAAAGACCGUUGAGAUUUUUUUUUGUAAACGUUUGUUUGCUCGUUACGUGCUCGAAAACAAUGCCGAGAACUAAAGUGGUGAAGAGUUCAGUGAAUAAGAACAAUGAAGUUAUCCUGGGCAUGCUGGACAUGCAUCAGAAAAUAUUUGAUAAUGAGAAGCAACAACGGGAAAGCAAGAUUGAUCAAUUGAUCAAGGAACUUGAGAGGAAUUUUCAGAUGAUUCGAUUGUCCAUCCCAUUCCAUACAUUAAAUAAGACUAUCGCCGAAUUGCGGACUGAGACUGAUGGUACAGCCACUAUUAAUUCGAUCUGUGAGAAUUACUCUGCAGAGACCUUCUUUGAUGCGACCCGCAGUAUUCAGAAGGGUAAAAAAUCUAAAUUAGUGAAACGCAGCAGAUCAUCAGCUGAUGAUGAAGGAUAUCUUACAGCGGAGAACAGCGGUUCUCAGUCAUCAGCUAUGUCUUCGCGUACAUCGAGGAGCAGAGCUAAAGUGAACAAUACCGCCACAAAGAGAGUGUCCAGGUCACUUUCCAGAAACAAGAAUCCAUCUGCAAUACCCUUGCACAAAACACCCCUGAAGAAAAAUAAACCGAUCGAGUCGUUCGGUAUGGUUACGCCGAAGGUGAAACCAAAUACGCCGCAGGUGAUACUUCGACGACCGAAGCAAGGUGAGGUGGCGAUCUCGCUGCAAGGAAGCCCGCUGAUGGUGAACAACGUUAUGUUGGACCAAAUGGCGAACGUGAACAUCCCGUUGGGCGAUGGAAGGAUCAUCACGAUUCAACCGCACAGGGGUUUGAGGCAAUCGCAGAUCCCCGAAAUCGAUGCAAAUACACAAAGACAAUUGAAGGCGCUCAGGGAUAACUUGAAUAAGAUGUGCGCCACGUCGGCCGUCGCUAACAGCAAAUGAUUAUAAUAUAUACAAUUUCAUUUAUAUUUUCUUAUAUAAAUAUUGUCUUUCGAUUCACCCA